GCUUUUGAUUAAUUAUAGCCUGACAUUUCUAUAAUGAAUGAUCACUCAAUUAGUCUCAAAUCGUAGUUUAAUUGCAAAUGAUCACAUUCGUUAUCCAUACAUACAUGAGUCAGUGUAUUUAUACACAUGGGCUCAAUAUCUAACUUAGAGCAUGAUCAUUAUCCUAGCUAUUUCUAAACACAUUUCCAAUUCAAUUAUCCUAGUAAACAUGUAUUGACUCGUUCCACAAUUACAAAAUACAACUUUUAAUACCGACUAAUUAAAAUUGACAUAACUAUGAAGUCAACUACUACAUUCUCAGUACUCUUAAAAACCCUAAAUCAUCUCUUGUUGCUCUCAUUCGACUAUCUCUCUACAAUGGAUUUGAUCUUCGUUCUCCUAACUCAACUCAUCAACACCACCCCCUUCGAACUAGAAUUCGAAGACGCGGAUGGCAACCGCAGCUUGCUGCCUAGUCUGCGUCCGGGCAAGACCGGAUUCGCUAAGCAAAUCCGGAUCCUCCGCCAUCUAAAUAGAUCCGGCCGGGCCUGGAAAUUCAGGGUCCUGGUUGAUGGGAAGUUCACGGGAAUAGAGAUGGAUCCUCAGGUCGUCAUGGAUUGCGUUCGUGUCGUGUUUUGUGUCGAAGGAGGCGUGCUCUGCGUUAAGAGAGUACAUGAGAAGCGAGUCGAUGCCUUCUUCCGACUAAGCUUUUUCGGGUGCAUGCGAAACUUUUUUUGGGAUCGUAGAGGAGAAUUUGAAUCCAUGUGUCUAUCACACACACAAAUGCCUACAAAUUUAAAGAGGAAUGAAGAAUGCCAAUGUCAGCAUUUGCCUCCGUAUGUUGGUUUGAAGAAUAGAGGCGAAGAAGAUGGAAGUAAAUGCUCAACAAGAAGGGCAGAGGAAGAUGGAAAUGAAUGCUCAACAAGUGAGGAAGAAGCAGAGGCAAAUGUCCGAUCAUCGGCCUCCGAUUCUCCGGCCGGGGCGAAUAAUAUAAAUGUAGGGGACAACCUAAAAGAGAGGACUAAGAAUCUCAAUCCGCAUUUGGACCCGCCAAUAAAAUCUAGAGGGCGGAUAGGCAAUACCCCUCGGCCUCGGCCUCGGCCUCCAAAUGAUAACGUGGCGCCGGCUCAGAGAGGCAGGCCAAUCGAUUAUGAGCCAUCAUCCAACCAUGUGGUUGAGAAGGAUAGUUUUGUCCACGGUAUGCUGCUAGUAUUUGCUUUUAUAGUUUUUAUAUGGUUGAGGUUCUUUUGAUGUACUAUCAAAAAUUAAGAUACUCCAUAUAUGUAUUGUUGCAACUUUUGCAAGGGGUGUGCGUGGAACAAAUAUAUUUUGGGAUACUGCUAUAAUGUGUAAUGUAUUGAGUUUAUUUAUGUAAGUUUUUC